AACAAAGAAAGGAGGGAAUUAAGGAGGAAAAACGCUUCAUAGUUCAUAGCAGGACCAGAAGCAGUUGAGACUUGAGAGAGAAAAGCAAAGCAUCCCAUCAUCUCCUAGUACUAAUAUAAUCAGUGUUGAAGGAGUGUUCAAUCAUUUGCAAAAAAGCUACUAACUCUCUCUAGAUUUCCCAUUCCCAAGAUUUUCCAACUUGGGUUUCUCCAUAGCUUAAAAACAUAUUCAAACACAGUGGCACACUGUGUGAUCUUUUGUUCCAACCAGGGAUUAUGCGGAUCAUUCUUCCAUAAAGUUUCCACCUUUGAGCUUCUUCUUUUUAUUUGCUGGUUUUGGCUGGAUUGCAACCUCUCAUCCUCCUUUUUCUUUCAUCCCCCUUUUGAUCUGGCUGGGGCAUUUAUUCAAUCUGUUUCUGGAUUCUGCAGUUUGCUAGAAGCUUUCACAGAAUAUUUACUAUACCUAGCUUCUUCAGUAUCUUAGCUUCUACUCCUUUUCCCCACAUUCUGCUGUUGUACUGCUGAAGCAAAGCAGUAAUCUUUCUAACAUAAAAAGAAAACCCAUUUCUCUCUUUUCCUUUCAAAAGAGACUCUUCUCCUCUCUUCGCUCUGGAAAUGCGCAUUUCCGGUGAAAAGGAACAGAUCUUGUUGCAUUUGGACAGUGCAAAAGGGCUCUUCAGAUCAACAUCUCCAAUGAAGCAAGAUCAUGGCACUGAAUUGCAGCUGGACUACUCACCAACAGAACUUUUAUACACUGAUGUCAACGUUGUUCCUGAGCACGAAAGCAACGAGCUUGAGAAGUCAAUACUGAAUCUCGAAGGAGAAAUUGCAGAGCUGAGACUGCAAGAAGUGUGUUUGGAUAAGAAGAGAAGGGAGGCUUUGAAUAGGAUACUAGAUAUUAAAGGCAGCAUUAGAGUUUUCUGUCGAGUUAGGCCAUUCUUGUUAACUGAAAGGAGAGGAAUUCAUGAACCGGUUUCGGUUGACUCGGACAAGGUUGUGGUUAGAUCUGUUGGAAGCAGGAAAGAGUUCAGAUUUGAUAGGGUUUUCCACCAAUCUGCUGACCAAGAUGAUGUGUUUCUGGAGGUUGAACCAGUGCUUAAAUCAGCACUAGAUGGGCAUAAUGGAUGCAUAUUGGCAUAUGGUCAAACUGGGACUGGGAAAACAUUCACAAUGGAUGGCCUCAAUGAUCAACCCGGGAUCAUCCCUCGAGCUCUCGAACUGCUCUUUCGCCAAGCCUCUUCAGCUUCUCUAACAUUCUCCAUGAGCAUGUUGGAGGUUUACAUGGGCAGCCUGAAAGACUUACUUUCUCCUAAAGCAUCAGCUAGAUGCAAUCUCAACAUUCAGACAGAUCCAAAAGGAAUGGUGGAGAUUGAGGGUCUAACAGAAGUUCAACUUCCCAACAUUGCUAAAGCCAAAUGGUGGUACUCUAAGGGAAGGAGGUGUCGCUCGACUUCAUGGACUAAUGUGAACGAGACAUCGAGCAGGUCGCACUGCUUGAUGAGGAUCACAAUCUCUAGACAUGGCGAAAGCAAGCAAGGAAGUAGGCCAGAAGCGAGCAAAUUGUGGAUGGUUGAUCUUGGUGGAAGUGAGAGAUUGUUGAAGACAGGAGCUACUGGAUUGACCCUUGAUGAAGGAAGAGCCAUAAAUCUCUCUCUUUCUGCACUUGGCGACGUUGUUGCUGCUCUUAGAAGGAAAAGAGGCCAUGUUCCUUACAGAAAUAGCAAGCUAACUCAGAUACUGAAAGAUUCCUUAGGUCAUAGUUCAAAAGUUUUGAUGCUUGUGAAUAUAAGCCCAUGUGAAGAAGACGUGGGAGAGACAAUCUGCUCUUUGAGCUUUUCAAGUAGGGCAAGAGCAAUUGAGACUGACAGAGAAAUUUCAGAGGAUAUAAGCAAGCAAAGAGAGAAGAGAAUAACAGAGCUCGAACACGAGAUGAGAGAAGCAGAAGAACAAUGCCAGAAGCUCAGGAACCAAAUCAGAAAGGCAGAGUUCCUCAUCCAUGAAUACAGAAAGCCUUCAUAUUCAGACAAGGAAGACAUAUCAACAGCUCAUGAAGAAAACAGAAAGGAAUCUGAAAAUCCAAUCCUGCAACCUACUGAAAGAGGAGUCAAGAGAAACAUCAUUAGCCCCCUUCCGAGAUUCAUGACCUCUACUGCUGCAAGUCGCCAUAGGCAAAGUGCUGCAGAAAGAGAAGUGGUUGGCAAGGCAAGAAGUUUGAGAUCAGAGGCAAGAAGCUCUGCUCAGUUGUCAUGUUCUCAAUCACUCAGUUACUCAGACAUUCGUCUCAAAUCAGUACUACGAGGUGAUUCAAACAAGAAGUCAAGGUAUGCUGACACGAAACAAAACCUUUCAGAUAGCCCUAAAGCCAAAUGCGGUAGCUCAGACUCAAAGGUUGCUUCCAUGCCAAGGAACAAGUUGGUAACUUCAUCAGAUCCUAACUUUAGAACCACAAUAGCUAAUCACAGAAGAAGAAUGUCUGAUCUCAACUAGCCAUAACAGAAGCUGCUCAUGGUGUUUCUUGCCAUCAUGAAGCUGGUAACUGAUUCUGGUGUUUGUGCGUGGCGUGUGUAUUUGGUUUUGUGUGCUCUGAUGACUGAUCUGGAAAAGAGAGGGGGUUCUUUCCUAGAUUUGAUUUGUUUAUCAUUGGCAUUGUUUAAUAGGUUUGGCUUGGUUAAAAGUAAAGGCAAAAUGGGGGAGAUCUGUUGAUUAUUUGCUAACAUGACCUACCCCUCUGCCAGCCAGCAUAUGCUUUUUGUUAGGAUUGACAGGUAUUGAUGUUGUUAAUCACUCAAUAACAUAAGAGAUGACGUUCUUGCUUUUUACCCCUCUGACAGCAUAUGCAAAGUUCAUUUUUUUCUGACACUACCUACUCUUGAAUCACAUGUUCUUUUGGAGUGUUCUGGAAGUAUGUUCGAACAACAAAAAGAUAAUAAAAUAAAAAAUCUAAAAAGGAGAGAUGGAGGAAUUGAAUAGUGAUAGCCGAACAGUGAGACUCCUCUAGAACGUGUCUACUAAACCUGUGCUAAUCUUACGAAAUUUUGGAUCAAAUUAUGAAAACAUGAUUCAGUGAUCUGUUAAAAUGACAUAAUAUGAAGUCUAUAAAGUACCAUCAAGCCUUCAGGAUCAUCCGCAAGCAAAAAAUAUGUAACAAUUCCAGAUGUUAGUAUCAUAUUAUGGCACUUGAGACAGUAUAAGCGAAGUUAAAAGGUAGAGAAAAAAUGCCUGCUGCUAGAGUUACAAAAAUAGAGCAGCCAUUACAUCAUUUUGACUGGAGACUUCCUCUCAUUUUAGUUGCAGCCAGUUCCUGAUUAAAUACAAGCAGAAAGGUGUCUCACAGUCAUAUAUCGCAACAGUAAGCAAGCUACCCAUCCAAGCUCAGCAACAUUGUUAUCAUGGCUAUCAAGCUAUGGCUGUUCCUUCUCUACUUUAUAUAUACAACAACAUAACCCUGACUACAACAUCAAACAAUCAACAUAAUGCCGAUGCAACAUUUGAAAGAAUGCGGAGGAAUGAAGAUGGCCAAAUAACCUUGAUGGUACCUAAGCUCUGGACCGUCUGAACUCGAACCAAAUCUCAUAGUGAUUGAACAGCAAACUAUCAUGCGUUUUCUUGCCGAGAUACUCUAGCCCCAAAUCACUCAACCUCUUAGUACACUGCUCACCUCCCAACCUUGAACAGAACUUGAUAUUAUGUGACACAUAUAUCCUCCCAACAAAGGGCUUCAACUUCCCUGCCAACCUCUCAAGCCCCGUCCAUACUAAAUUAUCCGGCAUGUGAAGAAACACGGCACUAGCAUAUAUCAGAUCGUAAGAAACGGCAUCACCAAACCUAGUGAAAUCCAUGCUUUCUCCUCGAACAAUCACGGGCCUCUUGUGUAGAAGUCCCUGAGACGGGAGCUCGUAUCUCAAAGCAGCCAUGAGAGAAAGCUCGUCUCUUUCUAGACAGUGAAAUCGAGAUGGAGCGAGGUAACGGAUGAAAUGAAGACCGACACGUAAUGUGCCACAGCCGAUCUCAAGGACCUGGGAGUUUGGCGAGAGAUUCGUGGAUUCAGCAAGGAAUUCAAACACGUCCCUCCCACCAGCCCACGGUUCCCCGUAAUUGCUGUGGUGCUCUUCUACCAGGAGUUCUCCGGGGCAAGGGAGUGCAGUGUGGUUAUCCGAAUCUGGACCAUCAUAGUGUGAGAUGCCCUUGUAUCUGAAAUAAGAUGGAUAUGAAUUUGGCAAGAUUUGGUUACAUGGUACAGUAGAGACGGAUUGAUUGACAAAGGGAGGAGCACGCUUAACUUGGAAAGCAAGCAAACUUGAGGAAUAAAGAAAUUGAAAAACU